AUGGACGUCAAUCAGGUGUUGGCCAGCACCCUCUCUGCCGAUGCCGCUACUCGCCAGAAUGCGGAACAGCAGCUACUUCACGCCGCAGAAGUUGACUUUGCGGGAUACCUCACGACCCUAGCUGGCGAGUUGUCGAACGAAAAUGCUGCCUCGUCGAUCCGGACGGCCGCUGGCCUGGCGCUCAAGAACGCUUUUUCCUUCCGAGAUAUCGCCCGCCUGCGAGAGGUGCAGGGCCGGUGGGUGCACGGCGUCGACCAGCAGGUCAAGAAGAACGUCAAGGAGCUCGCUCUCAAGACGCUGGGCGCAUCUGAUGGCCGCGCGGGACAGUCGGCCGGCCAGUUCAUAGCCUCCAUCGCGGCCAUAGAGCUGCCCCGCAAUGAGUGGCAGGAUCUCAUGAACCUGCUCGUCCAGAACAUCAGCACCGGCUCAGACCACCUCAAGCAGGCCUCGCUGACCACGAUCGGCUUCAUCUGCGAGUCCGAAGAGCCCGACCUGCGCGAGAGCCUGAGCGCUCACUCCAACGCUAUCCUCACGGCCGUUGUGCAAGGAGCGCGGCGGGAAGAACAGAACCCAGACGUCAGGAACGCUGCCAUCUCCGCGCUCAGCGAUGCCAUCGAGUUCGUGCGCUCUAACUUCGAGAAUGAGGGCGAGCGGAACUACAUCAUGCAGGUCGUCUGCGAGGCCACACAGGCGGAGGACACGCGGAUACAGGCCGGCGCUUUCGGCUGUCUGAACAGAAUCAUGGGCAUUUAUUACGACAAGAUGCGUUUCUACAUGGAAAAGGCGCUCUUUGGAUUAACAAUUAUGGGCAUGAAGAGCGAGGAGGAAGACGUGGCCAAGCUCGCCAUCGAGUUCUGGUGCACCGUCUGCGAAGAGGAGCUUUCCAUCGAUGAUGACAACAACCAGGCACAGGCUGAAGGGUCGACAGAGAUUCGGCCGUUCUUCAGCUUUGCCCGCAUCGCCUGCAGAGAGGUCGUCCCCGUCCUCCUGCAGCUAAUGACCACUCAGGACGAAGACGCCAGCGACGAUGACUACGACGUCUCCCGCGCCGCCUACCAGGCGCUGCAGCUCUAUGCCCAGACCGUACAGGCCGAGCUCGUCGGGCCCGUCCUCGAGUUCGUCGAGCAGAACUUGCGCAGCGAAGACUGGCAUCACCGUGACGCUGCCGUCUCGGCCUUUGGCGCUAUCAUGGACGGCCCAGAGCACGAAACCCUGGUGCCCCUUGUCCGCCAGGCCCUGCCAGUCAUGAUCACCAUGAUGGAAGACAAGGUCGUGCAUGUCAGAGACUCUACUGCCUACGCCCUGGGCCGAAUCUGCGACUACUGCUCUGGCGCCAUCGAGGUCAACGUACACCUGCAUCCGCUCAUUUCAUGUCUCUUCAACGGCCUCGCAAGCAGCCCCAAGAUCGCCGGAUCCUGCUGCUGGGCCCUGAUGAACCUUGCAGACCGGUUCGCCGGCGAUGCUGGCGCUCAAACCAACCCUCUCAGCAAGCAUUUCCAGGACAGCAUCACCUCCCUUUUGUCUGUUACCGAAAGAACCGAUUCUGAUAACCAAACUACGAACUGCCGCAUACGAGGUCCUGAACUCAGACUAGAGCAGACCGUGCCAAUGCAGCAGCAGGUCGUCAGCGUCGAGGACCGUAUCACCCUAGAAGAGCUCCAGACCAGCUUGACCAGUGUUCUCCUAGCUAUCGUCCAGCGAUUGGAGGCUGAAAUCAAACCCCAAGCCGAUCGCAUCAUGACUGUGCUUCUCCAGGUGUUGACUACGAUCCCACCAAAGUCCAGUGUGCCCGACACCGUCUUCGCAACAGUCGGCUCUCUCGCCAGCUCACUUGAGGCCGACUUUAUCAAAUACAUGGAACCCUUCAGUCCAUUCCUGUACAACGCCCUCGCCAACCAGGAAGAACCGGGUCUCUGUGCCAUGGCCAUCGGUCUGGUCAGCGACAUCACUCGCUCGCUGGGAGAAAAAGUGCAGCCCUUCUGCGAUGCGUUCAUGAACCACUUGCUCAACAACCUCCGCAGCAACAACCUGUCCAACCAGCUCAAGCCCGCCAUCCUGGAAACAUUCGGCGACAUUGCCCAGGCCAUUGGCUCACACUUUGAAACCUACCUGUCUGUAGUCGCACAGGUCCUUCAACAGGCCUCUGCCGUGACUGCCAGCAAUGACGUCUCCUACGACAUGAUCGAUUACAUCGUCUCCCUCCGCGAAGGUAUCAUGGACGCCUGGGGUGGUAUCUUGCUCGCCUACAAGGGUGCGCCCAACGUAAACAUUCUCCAGCCAUACGUCGAGUCUAUCUUCCAGCUUUUGCACCUGGUCGCACAGGAGCCAUCUCGUAGCGAAGGUCUGCUACGUGCUAGCAUGGGAGUGAUCGGUGACUUGGCCGAAGCCUUCCCCAACGGAGAAUACGCAUCCUUCUUCCGCAACGACUUCGUGUCCGCCCUGAUAAGAGAGGCCCGAACAAGCCGUGAGUACGGCCCACAGACCGUCGAAACUGCUCGCUGGGCAAGAGGACAAGUCAAGCGCCAGAUUGGUCUUGCUACUGCUGCAUCGAUGUCUUAA